AGCGUUGGGCUUCCUUAGAGCUCUCUCCGGGCACCAGUUGCCCAGUAUCCUCGCGAGAGGCGAGAGGCUAGGACCGCUCUCACCAGACUGAGCAGGCGCCAUGGCAGCCGUGCCGCCCCCCCAGCCUCCGCUACAGCCGCUACAGCCGCUGCAGCCCCUGCAGCCGCUGCCACUGCCGGCGGCCGAGGGCGCGGGCUCGCGUUCCCCGGGAUCCUACCGGCCUUUCGAGCCGCAGGCGCUAGGGCUGAGCCCGAGCUGGCGCCUCACCGGCUACUCGGAGCUCAAGGGCUGAGGCUGCAAGGUCCCGCAGGAGGCGCUGCUCACGCUCCUGGCGGGACUGGCGCGGCCCUCAGAGGUCCCGGCGCCCGAGCUCCCACCCGUGUCCGACGGCGGCGAUGGGGACGGGGCCGGGGCCGUGGCCAUGGCCGUGCCUGACGGCUCGGGUCAGACUUCCCGGGCCCUUGGGAUAGGAAUGGAUUCUUGUGUGAUUCCCUUGAGACAUGGAGGUCUCUCCCUUGUGCAAACCACAGACUUCUUUUAUCCUUUGGUUGAGGACCCCUACAUGAUGGGACGGAUUGCCUGUGCCAACGUGCUCAGUGACCUUUAUGCCAUGGGCAUUACUGACUGUGAUAACAUGCUGAUGCUCCUCAGCGUCAGCCAAAAGAUGAGCGAGGAGGAACGAGAAAAGAUCAUGCCCCUGAUGGUCAAAGGUUUUCGGGAUGCUGCUGAGGAAGGAGGAACCUCGGUGACGGGGGGACAUACUGUGAUAAAUCCUUGGAUUAUCAUUGGAGGUGUUGCCACCGUGGUUUGUCAGCCUAAUGAGUUCAUCAUGCCAGACAAUGCAAUUCCUGGGGAUGUGCUCGUGUUGACCAAACCGCUGGGGACACAGGUCGCUGUCAAUGCCCACCAGUGGCUGGAUAAUCCAGAGAAAUGGAAUAAAAUAAAGCUGGUGGUGUCCAAAGAAGAAGUGGAACUAGCCUAUCAGGAAGCAAUGUUUAGCAUGGCUAUGCUGAAUAGAACUGCUGCGGGACUAAUGCACACGUUUAAUGCCCAUGCGGCCACUGAUAUCACUGGCUUUGGAAUCCUGGGACAUGCACAGAACCUUGCAAAACAACAGAGGAGUGAAGUGUCCUUUGUCAUUCAUAAUCUGCCCAUCAUUGCCAAGAUGGCAGCCGUCAGUAAGGCCAGUGGGCGUUUUGGGCUUCUCCAAGGGACAUCAUCAGAAACCUCAGGGGGGCUGCUGAUCUGCCUGCCUCGAGAACAAGCUGCUCGCUUCUGUGCUGAAAUCAAGUCUCCCAAAUAUGGAGAGGGUCACCAAGCGUGGAUUAUCGGCAUUGUGGAAAAAGGCAAUCAGACCGCUCGCAUCAUCGACAAGCCGCGCAUCAUCGAAGUCAUGCCCCGGGGAGCUACUCUUCUUCUCGACAACUCCAAUACCAGCCCCGAGCCCCUUUUGUGAGGUGGCCUGCUCGUUUGGACCUUGGAAAAUGAUCACGAAUGACAGAAACUACUUUAAUGACUUGUUUGGGGGAAGGGGAAGUUAAUUUCCAAAGAAACCUGCAAAAUGACUGCUAGGUGAGCUAUUUGUUCUAAUGCAACCAGUAAGACAACUAGUUGCUUUUCGAAGAGUUUCAAAGAAAUUCAACCUAUUUCACAUUUUCUACUUUAUGGUCAAAUCCAGCCCUCAUUUCCCCUCUCUAAAAGCAAAGAUUUUUUGGGCUGGGUUCCUGCUUACUUGGUUGAACAGAUUCACAUACAAGAAAUGACGUGAUUUAUUGAAGAUAAGGGACACUUUGACAACCCGUUAGAUUGUUAGUCGAUACCGCUGAAACAAAACUCUGCUAAACCAGUAAUGGGAGACAGGGUGUACUCAGGAAUUAUUUAUGGGAUGUUUUUUCCCCCGAAGCUAUUCAUUCUUUCUCCUUCUGGCCAAGAAUUGAGCAACUUGGCCAGAAGAGGGAAGCAGACCGUGCACCAACACAAGUCUGGGCUCUAUUUAUGAUGCUUCUUCCAUUAACCCAGCUUGGAGGGCUGGAAGAAGCGGAGCACUUUCUCAGAGCCCAGACUUUGGUGUUGCUAAAUUUAUGUAUCUUAGGCUAGAUUCCUGAUAACUUAAUAAAAACGUUCAUUUCUCAGUG